UUUUAUUCUCAUUUUGCCCAUAUAAAUAAAUAUAAAAUCUUCCGAAGCGAACUCCGAACAUGAGGCUCGGGUUCCCCUUCGGUCAUAAAACCCACACUCAACAAUCAUCCCACGCACUCCAUCUGCUCUUUUUGCUUAGCUGAGAAGAAGCCUUUUUCUGUUCGAAUUUUUCGAUUUUCAGUAAUAUUGGCUCGAUUUCGGAAUUUGGAUCGGCGUGUGUGAUCAUCGAUGGCGGAGCAGGAGGAGAUAUCGGAUCCGAGAACGGAGUCGUUGACUGAUAAAAUCUCCGAUAAGAUUCACGGAGACGGCGACGGUGACGUCCACACGAGUUCUUCUUCUUCGUCGGAGUCUGAAUCGGACCACGAGGAUAAGAAAAAAGCGUCGGAAUCUUCGGUGAAGGAGAAGAAUUAUGAAGUGUUCGGCAGUGAAAAGCCGGUUCACAAGGUUUUUGGUGGAGGCAAGCCUGCUGAUGUGUUCUUGUGGAGGAACAAGAAAAUAUCUGCCUCACUGCUUGGUGUAGCAACAGCAGUCUGGGUGCUUUUUGAAAUAGUCGAAUACCAUUUGCUUACUCUGAUCUGCCACGUUGCUAUCCUUGUGCUAUCUCUGUCGUUCUUAUGGUCCAAUGCAUCAGUUUUCGUUAACAAGUGGCCUCCCCAUAUUCCAGAAGUUCGCCUCCCCCAGGAACCAUUUGUAGAGAUUGCUUCAGCUCUUCGUUCUGAGAUCAAUCAUGCGUUUGCAGUGAUGAGAGAAAUUGCAUCUGGCAGGGAUCUUAAGAAAUUCCUUGGGGUUGUAUUUGGCCUUUGGUUUCUUUCGAUUGUGGGCAGCUGCUGCAGCUUCUUGACAUUGUCUUACAUAAUAUUUGUUUCGCUGCACACCGUGCCUGUUUUGUACGAAAAGUAUGGUGAUAAGAUCGAUCCAUAUACUGAGAAAGCAAUGCAUGAAAUCCAGAAGCAGUAUGCCGUCUUUGACCACAAAAUCUUGAGCAAGAUACCCAACAAGAAACGAGCUUAGGGAGAUUUAUGGUGACAUUCAAAUAUAUGCUUUUUGCUUUCGCUUGCAGAUUCCAGUCUAAUUUUGCAUUCUUCAGUUCCAUUUAGUUUGAUGUGAAAGGGUUUUGUGGUUACCGUUAAUUUGCAUGUUCAGAUGAGCACAAAACCUAAGCAGUUAAUGUGCAGGGGAAUUUGAGGUUCAUUUCUACCCUACAUUCAUAAAUUUUCUUUCACAUAUCAUAGUUAGGGGGACAUUUGCUUUCUUAAUUGGUAAGAUUCGUGGUUAAA